AAAGAUGAGACUGACAGGUUACAAUUAAGAUCUAGUCCAAAAUUUAAUUGUCAACAUUGAAACUACAUUUAGUUUUUUGUUGUGUGUUUUUUUUCUCCAGGUGUUUAUUGACUGCAAUGGAUUGGACUUCCAGGUCUGAUCAUGCCCAUCUCUUCACUGAUAACUCUUCUGGUGACUCUUACCUGGAAUGGUCCAAUCACUGGGAUCUGCAUAACAGUAGUAUUUUUUCACGAACAGAAAAAAAUAUUCCUGAGUCAUCAGUUAACGUGACUUUACAGGUGCCUGAAGAGAAAUUUGAUCCAUUGGGUGGUCAUACUGUGUGGCAGGUCAUCAUCAUUGUUUUCCUUACUGGAUCCCUUUCAUGCGUCACUGUUGUUGGCAACAUCCUGGUUUUAGUGUCAUUCAAGAUAAAUAAGGCUCUGAAGACAGUUAACAACUACUACCUCCUCAGUCUAGCCUUUGCUGACUUGACCAUCGGCACUUUGUCAAUGAAUCUUUAUACUACCUACAUCAUCAUGGGCCAGUGGGCUCUUGGACCUGUGGUUUGUGACUUGUGGCUUGCAAUAGACUAUGUGGCCAGUAACGCCUCUGUCAUGAACCUGCUCGUCAUCAGCUUUGACAGGUAUUUCUCUGUGACCAGACCUUUGACUUAUCGGGCUAAACGUACAACCAAACGAGCUAUGACCAUGAUUGGAUUAGCCUGGUCCAUCUCCUUCAUUCUUUGGGCCCCCGCUAUACUGUUCUGGCAGUACAUUGUGGGUCCUGCAACACCACAACAAGUACAGCAGAUGAGGCAGAGCGCAGCAGUUGUGAUGGCUUUAACAGCAAUGUGGUUGGUGCUUCUGGGGAUCAAACAGGGUCAGAGGUAG